GUCAUCAUCGGAGGAAUCAUGGGAUACAUACAGGACGCUCCCGCAGAUCCAGCAUUUUUCCUGCACCACUCGAACGUGGAAUGGGCGUUCCACUGGUGGCAAGUCAAUAACGUGCUGCGCACAGACAUCUUAAAUGCAGAUACCUUCAACUGUGCUACAUGUGGCCAGAGCAUGGCUGGAUAUGGCGUGCCGCGAUCAGAGUGGAUGGGGCAUGGCUACGACGCUGCGAACAGCUGCAUUAUGCUUCCCAAGACCAACCCAGUGGCAUGUAUAGCUUACGAACCUUUUGGUGGUGAAGAUCCUGGGCCUGGUGCUUUCAGAGGUUUUGGAAACUCUACUCUUGGGUCAGCGGCACACUCCGCUUCGGAUUGCAACCUCCUCAUCGCCAAGAUGGAGACGGGCAAGUGCCUGCCGGAUGUGCUGCACACGAUAGCAAAGACCUUCAGUUUCAACAAGGAAGUAUUCGUUGCUGCAUGUCAUGCUUUCCCGGAGUCGGGACGCGGAUCCAUGGAUGAUGCACGCAUUGCCGACAUGGAGAAGCAAUGUGAUGAU